AUGAUUGAGAGGCCGAGACAAAACCCCAAUCACAAAUACUCUUCUAAAAAGGGCGGCGGUGUUCCAAAGAAGUGUGGAUUUUUGGAGGCAUCAUCCUCGUUUCGCUCGCAAUCAUCGGUCACAAGAAGUCGAAGCAUACAGACGGCGAGCAACAGGAAUGCAGGCACUGUAAAAAGCACCGCCACUGUCACAGGCACCGUAACAAGGCCAGAGAUUUGGAGACUGCUACCGCUCCGAAACCCGUUUACCGGUCAAUGGGAACCCAGACUGAUGGUACAGACCUCCGAUGGGCACGCCAGGCACCGGCCAAUAGGCAUAGUGCCUGAUGGCCUUACGAGCUGGAAGCUUAAACCACACAACACCAUGGUCAAGAGGCUCGCAGUCCACGGAAGUGCCCCCACCAACCUGUGGAAAACGAACAAUGUCAAAGUACUCUUAGUGCUCGCCUUCAUUGUCACCAUGGCGAUCAUCUUCCUAUGUAUUCGCCUUAUCUCCGAUAGUAAGCGUAGGAAGGGCAUUGGCACACAGACCGAUGCAAGUGCGCAAAAGAAGUCCUGA